AUGAAUCAAGUGGCACAAUUUAUCCUUGAAGGCAGCAAGGAUGGGAAGCCAAGUAAAGGCAGGUACAAGGAAGCACAAUUGAAGUUCAACAUCUCUCGAGCAACAGUCUUUCGACUAUGGGCUGCUGCAAAAAAACAACAAAAGAAUGGUGACGUAAUACAUCUUGUAAGUGGCAAAACAACUAGACUUCAUAGGAAGUACAUUGAACUUGAUCUUACCUUGCUUGUGAAUAUGGAAUGCACUAAGAGGGGAAGCAUUAGAAGGCUAGCACAAGGGUUAGGGGCUAGUAAAACCACUGUCGGGAGAUGGGUGAAAACUGGAAAAAUCAGAGCACAUACAAGUGCCAUCAAACCUGAUUUAACAGCCACAAAUAAACUUUUGAGGUUGAGAUUUUCACUCCAAUCCUUAGAAUUGGAUAGAAUACUCAACGUCAUAAAGUUCAAGGAUAUGCAUAACACCGUGCACAUUGAUGAGAAAUGGUUUUAUAUUACUAAGGGCACACAUCGGUACUACUUGGCUCCGGGAGAGCCCGAGCCAUAUAGAUCACGCAAAAGUAAGAAAUUCAUUGGAAAGAUCAUGUUCAUAUGUGCUGUCACUAGACCAUUGAUUGCAGAAAAUGGUGAAGUUCUGUUUGAUGGAAAGAUAGAGAUCUUUCCAUUCAUAGAAAAGGUGCCAGCAAAGAGAAACAGUAGAAACAGAAAUGCAGGCACGUUGGAGACGAAGCCAAUAGAAUCAAUCACGAAGGAGGUGUAUAAAGCUUGGCUAAUCAAUGAGGAUUGCCCUGACUCUCGGCUUAGCUCAGUUCGGUUCCGCUCUCCAGCUCGGAUGGCUCAAUUGUAA